GACAAACAAGGUGAAAGGUGAGGAGAAGUCAUAUAUAAAAGUCAGUUUCUUCUCAGGGUGGGCUGUGGCUACGGACAAGUGCAGCAGCUGGACAGUUAAGAAUCCCUGAUGCCAAAGGUUUUUGCCAGAAUGCAAACCUUUGUAACUGUGUGCGCUCUUCUCUCGCUCCUCUUUUCUGUUUAUGCAGAUGUUGUGGAACGUUUUGAGGAUGUACCAGAAUGUAUGAAGUACUUCUAUAAAGAGAAAGUGCCAGAGUGGGGGGCUUCUACACCUGGUGCUGCCCGUCUCUGUCAGCGCUUCGUCAACAGGUACCACUUUGCCACACUGUAUGACACGAACCACCGUAUUGCUGUUUACUCUUCUUAUCAAUUCCAGCCCAGCAAUGGAGGCGGCAGGGAGAAAAGAUGGUUUGUAGAGCCUCAGCUUGUAAACAUGUCCUGGCAAGCUGAGAUGAAGGAUGGCUACUGGCUGGGGAAGGACCACCCUGGGGUCUUCCUGGGAGAGAAACAGGCUCUGAAUGAGGAUUACAAAUACUCUGGCUUCGACCGUGGUCACCUCAACCCCAACGGACACCAUGCAGUCCCUAGCCGCAAUGCCACCUUCACCCUGACCAAUGUGGUUCCUCAGAACCCCAAGCUGAACCAGAACUCCUGGAGGAUCCAUGAGUCCCAGCUAACUGACCUUUUCCGGAGAAAGUGCUCUAAGGCCUUUGUUCUGGUUGGUGCUAUUCCCUCUGCAGACAACUGGAUUGUCAAGAACAAUGUGAAGCGCGUUAACAUCCCCGACUACCUGUGGAACGCCUACUGCUGUGUGGACAACAAUGGAAGACCCAUUCAGAGUGGCGCUGCCAAAGCAAGGAACACAGAGGACAACUGGGUGGAAAAGCUCUCUUUGGAUAAACUGGGAGAAUUCCUGCAGCAGUUUUCCAAUCAACCAGUAGGGGAACUGUUUUACAACAACUGCAGGGCAUAAAAUAUUAGCAGAGGGAUGAAGAACAUAGAAUUUUAGGUGCCAUUGCACUUUGGUUUUACAUAAGAUUUGUAUAACUGCAAAAAGUGUCAAAAUUAUUUUCAAAGUUAUUUUCAAGUGUGGUGAAGGGAAAAAACAAAUGGUGUUACCCUUUCACAGCUUUGAGACUAAUGCAUCCCAUUACUCCUCUCAACC